AUGUGUCAGUUCGGGACCUUUGCAGCCAAUAAGCUGGAUUCAGCUUCGUUCAAGAAAGUCAUCAAUUUAGUUAACCACUACGAUAUCCUCACAUGGCGCUUCCUUGCCCACACUGUUACCGCCGUGGCUCUGGUGACGGCCGUCCUCGCCGCCCCCACGAACUCAAAGGGUGCUUCACUCGUACAGCGUCAGCAAGCGGAGGAGCUUGAGCCCUACGGAGCCUACGGCAACGUCAAGCGCCAGGAGUCCGAGGAGCUCGAGCCCUAUGGCGCCUACGGCAACGUCAAGCGACAAGAGUCUGAGGAGCUUGAACCCUAUGGGGCUUAUGGAAACGUGAAGAGACAGGAGACAGAGGAAUCAGAGCCGUACGGAGCUUAUGGAAAUGUGAAGCGUCAGGAGUCUGAAGAUUCGGAGCCGUAUGGUGCCUACGGCAACUUCAAGCGACAGGAGUCUCAGGAAUCGGAGCCGUAUGGUGCCUAUGGCAAUGUCGACGAGACCUUUUGUUGGGUUGACACACGAUUGACUCAGGCAUGUCUCGUACCAAAUGUCUUGUGUGACUUGGUCUACUUACACGUCUCUUCUGGCAAACCUGCCAUCAAAUGCACCGAGACUUUUUCAAUGACGGUGGGAUGA